AUGUCACACUUCUACUUGACUCCACAAAUUCUUCGGCCCUUUAGCCCUCUUACUUCUCAAGAGUCUGAUCUGAUCAGACACAAGGCAGGAGCAUCGUGGAGGAAGGAGACCCAAUGGUCCGAUUCUUCUGUGAGGACGUACUCGGGCUGUUACCGGAAAAAACAACUGGAUGAGUCCACAUGCAGCUGGUUUUCUUUUAGAGCAGGACAGCAUGAGCCUGGGUAUAAACAGAUGUCAUUGCCAAACAGCUCUGCCUUCAAUUCUCUGCUCUACCAGGCUGGUAGUCCAGAGACUACAGAUGUUAAAGGUAAAUUAUUCCCUGAUAUAACCAGGCCUUUAGAAAAGUCACUUGAUGUCAAGCACGGAGUGGCACACCAAAUUUGGUGUUUUGAUGAUUUUUCUCGGGCACCUCCAAAUUAUAAAAAAUCAUGUGUGAGACCUAAAAAACAAGCACUUGAAACCCUGAUAAACUACAGUCGACGAGGGAAAAACUUCCUAAUGGGUCUUCAGGGACAAUGUGAUUCUGAAAGCAAGGUUGGCUCGUCCCAAGACUCAGAAGCUGAUCGAUACUCCGAUUAUGGCGGGGACGACAGCCGGGAGCAUCCGGACCCGCAGACGGGCUCCGUCGGGCACCUCGCUGGGUGCUCGGAACGGCACGUCUCUGCAAGCACAGCAGACACGGUGUUGUGGCCCCGAGACGCUCGCGGGCCGCGGCGUCAGGGAACCCGGGAGGCGCGUGCGCACUCGGGGCCGCCGCCCGGGCACACAGCGGGCACGCGGAGCCGCUCCGAGCGCCGCGGCCGCGGGAGGGGGCGGCGGGGGCGCGGCCUUUCCCGCCCGCCUCGCUCGGGAGGCGCCGCGUCCCCGGCUCCCCGCCCACGGCCCGCCUCCGCGCCCGCCGGCUUCCUCUUCCCGCUCGGCCGCCGCCUCCGCGUGUCCCCGCACCGCUCCCCGCCCGGCGGGCGCGCGCUGGAGGGAGGGCUCCGGCCCCUGCGCUCCUCGGAGCGCGGGAGGAGCAGCGCCGGCCGCACCACCUUCCUCCCGCCCACCGACGCCGUCCUCUUUAUGAUUCUGAGGAACAGGAAAGAUAAUCUAGAAAGCCGCCCCCUGCCCCCACCCCCAAAAGCCCUCCCAGUGAUGGUUCUUGUGCUUUAG